CUCGCCGCCGUGCUGCUGCAGGGGCUGACGCUGGGCUUCCCCUCCUGCGUCGGCGUCUUCUUCACGGACCUCCAGCACGAGUUCCAGGCCAGCAACAGCGAGACGUCGUGGUUCCCGUCCAUCAUGGUGGCCGUGCUGCACGGAGGCGGGCCCCUCUGCAGCAUCUUGGUGGAGCGGUUUGGCUGCAGGUUUGUGGUGAUGCUGGGCGGCCUGCUGAGCGGCGUGGGCAUGGUGGCCAGCUCCUUCUGCAGGUCCAUCGGCCAGCUCUACCUAACGGCUGGCUUCAUCGCGGGCCUGGGAUCAUGUUUCAGCUUCCAGGCAGGAGUGACUGUGCUGGGCUACUACUUUGUCCGGUGGAGAACGCUGGCCAACGCCAUGGCAUCCACUGGCGUCUCUCUGGGUUUCACGCUAUGGCCGCUGCUUUCUCAGUACUUGCUGGAUGAGAUGGGCUGGAGAAACACUUUUCUUAUCUUUGGAGGAAUCCUAUUGAAUGGUUGUGUCUGUGGAGCCAUCAUGAGACCAGUUCAGCUCGCAUCAGGGUCACCACUACAGUCACCUGCAGAGGAGCCGGGGAGAACAGCAGAAGGGACACAACUGUCCAACGGAGCAUCUUCUCCCCACCCCAAGCUCCAGCAGCAAACCAGAAGGACCAAAUGCUUCCAGGUGCUGCAGAAGUACCUGGCUUUUGACAUCUUCUGUCAAAACAAAGGCUACCAGAUUUACACUAUUGGAGUGACCUGGAUGAUGAUAGGGUUUGCCUUACCUCACGUCUACCUUGUGCCUUAUGCCAUCCAGAACGGGGUGGAGGAACGCAGAGCAGCCCUCCUCAUCUCCGUUAUCGGGAUCAUCAACAUCUUUGCACGCCCUUUGAUAGGGCUGCUCUCAGGACACAGGGUCUUCACAGGGAGACGCAUCUACCUGUUCAGCCUGGCUGUGCUCCUCUAUGGGCUGAGCAAUUUCAUUUGUAUCAUUUCAGCCGAGUUCAGUGUGCUCAUCGUCUACUGCAUCAUCCUCGGUACAGCCAUGAGCGGCACCGGGGCACUCCUCUUCCAGGUGCUGAUGGACGUGGUGGAGAUGGACAGGUUCUCAAGUGCUCUAGGGCUCUUCACCAUCCUGGAGAGCAUCUUCCUCCUCAUCGGACCCCCUCUCACAGGUCUCCUGGUGGACAUAACUAGGGAUUUCCGCUAUGUCUUCUACAACUCCAGUUUCUUCCUGGUAUCAGCUGCAUUAUUCAUGGCGUUCAGCUUCUGUGCUCUGGAAAAAACAAACAAAUUGAAAGAGGCUUCAAAAGUACCUUUGGAUGAUCCCUCCACAUACCAAUACAAUGAAAUGCCAACCGAAAGACAGUCUGAAAGUCAAUCCCCUCCAGCAGUCGUGUACGUCACAAGCAUAUGA